AUGAUCUGUGUUGCAAGAUUUAGUGAAAACUUGCAGAAACCGCCCAAAAUUUCCAUAUAUGUUCCAAAAACUGCUCAAAUCUCCAGAUCUGUUCACGUUUUCGAUUCAGAUGGUGGUGGAGAUGGUGGAGAUGAAGGUGGAGAUGGAGGAAGGAUGAUUGUAGCGAAGAGAAAUAAUGGAGGUGGAGGUGGAGGUGGCGGGCGACAUAGAGGUGGUGGUGGUUAUGGAGGAGGUGACGAUGGAGGUGGUGGUAGUGGCGAAUGUGGAGGUGGGGUUGUUGAAGAUGGAGGUGGGGUUGAUGAAUAUUGA